AAAAUAAGAUCGAAACAAUUUUGCCUUCGAGUUUAACUCUUUCACUCAUUCCAAGUGUCCGCUAUUCACCUUCCAUUGAUUUCUGUCUCUGAAAUGGACAAAAAUAAUCAAUUCCCAAUUUAAUUGUACUAAUUGUUGACUAAUUGUAACAAUUAAAACUCAUCAAGUUUAGAAAUUAAGGUUGGGGAUAAGUGUGUUAUUUAGCUAUUCCACACACUUUAUCUUUUUCUCAGUUUGUAAACAAAAAAAAGAUUUUGUUUUUUUUUCUGGUCAACACAAUUUCAUCACUCGACAACAAUUGUUAAUAAUUUCGAUUAAAUUGAUUUGUAAUUAAUUUCUAUUCUCUAAUGGCUUGUAUUACCAACAACCCAUUAACUGUAAUUAGACGGAUCUCUCACUAUUUACGAAAACUUAAUCCAUCGGAAAAUAUCAGCGAAAAUGCUGCAAUCCGAUGUAUCUUAACAGAGACUCGUAAACACGAUGUUACCGAUGAGCGAACGUGCAGAUCUAAAGAGGAAUUACAAUUCAUGGGCGAAACAUACGCAAUCUAUUUGGAAAGUGUCUCUAAUUAUCGCGAUUUAACAGCGAUUUACAACAAAGGGGAAGCAUCGGUUGAAGAAGCGGCGAAAAAAGUUGGCCUGAGAUUACCGGAGAAAAAUUUAUCUUAAUUGAUCAGAUCGGUGUUAAAAUCGACACUAAGCAAAUAGAAAUUUAAAUGUAUAAGUUAAGCUGAAUUUAAAUUACGUAGUUUUAAUCAAUUGAUCAAAGUGUAAAUAACAAUUGAUUAAAUUAGUUACUACCAAAAAGCUAA